AUGGAGGUUGAUGCAGUGGGAAAAAAGGGAAAGUCGAAAUCGGGCAAAGCCCGCAGCGUUCAGGAUGACAAGUUGGUUUGCGCCAACUGCAAAAAGAACAAACCAACGUUCUUCAAGUCAUUGAAGUGCUACGGCAAGUAUUGUUCUGAUUGUUUCAAAUUGGACCAUGUCAAGAAGCAGGUGGAGAAAGGGAAGGAUACAGCUGCAAAGAAGAAGGACGGGAAGAAAAAGGAUGACAACAAGAAGAACUCUGAUACUGAAGAAGAAGAGAAGCCAAAGAAGAAGAGCUCUUCCUCUAAGACUAAGGGAAAGAGUAAGGAGACAGCUGCGCAUAUCAGCGACCGCAGCAUUCACUCAAAAAGCGAGCCUGAUGCAUCCGAGUCAGAUACAGACAAAGAUUUUGCUGCGAUCCUCUCAAGGCUCAGGUGCCUGAGGGCAAAUGAAUCCAGUUCAUCAAGGAAGGCAGGAGAGGGCUCUUCAAAAAGGGAUCGGAAGGGUUUUCUCAAAGGGGAUCUGUAG